AUGGCCGUCCCCGACUUCAGCUCCGCCUCUACUCCGAAUAAGCCAUUCCCGCACAUCGACGACUUGAAAGACAAGGCAAAGAUCAGUUCCGUCGACAAGAACCAGUCUCUCAAUCACCUGCUGGCCGAAGCCGCGACCGCCGUCAAACAAGCCGAAAGUCUUGUCGAGUACCGCCGUCCCGAUCUUGCCUAUGUCGAAUACCUGAGAGCCUUUGAGAUUGCCGUCGCCAUCGUCCCGCAACAUGAGCAGUACCCUGUCUUGAGCAGCCGGCGAGGCUCUCAGUUCAACCAGCACCAGUCCAUCCUCCGCAAGAUUAGCCAACUUGCCGAUCGCUUCGACAAGAUCAAGGAAAUCAUCAUCAACGACAACCGCCGGAAUGCUACCCCCAAAGCCUCCGACCUACCCGUUCGCCGCUCCUCUGUCCAAUCCUCUCAUACUCCCGCUACCAAUGCCAAUGCCGCCCUCGCCGAUCGCUUCGCUAAACUGCGCAUGCAACCCGCUUCCGUCGACACUCCUCUCGCGAGCAGGCGGCUCGACUCUCGUGCAUCCCUGACUUCCAGCAAUGGCUCCAUCACUUCGCCCACCUCCUACAGUAACCGCUCCUCGCUCGACUUCGCCAACUCCUCCUUCGCAAAUGGCUCCUCCAUCAGGCCUGUUGGUCCACGCCAGAUGCCCAAUGGUGCCUCAGGCCACCCCUUCGCCAACCGCAUGACUCUCGACACGUCUGUCACCGAUGCCUUGCCAACGGCUCCUGCUCCUACCUAUAGUCCAGCACGCAACAUGAACACACCAAGCCAUAUCGAUCCUCCGAGGACCACUGCUCGUAGUAUGGUUGGAUCCGGUGGAAGGAACAACUCAGUCGCUUCAGUCGCCUCUUCUUACGCACCAGGAAAUGAUGGAGAAGAAUCACCAGGCUAUUUUCCUCGCAUGUCACAAGACCGGCCUCCAGCAGGCCCGCCUCGAAGAAAAUCUGUACAUCGUCCAACGGAAUUACGCAUCGGUCCUGAGCGCCUCUACGACUAUCUGAAAAUGCACAGCGUCUUGUUGAUCGAUGUUCGAAAUCGACAGGACUUUGACGAAGGCCAUAUAUACGCUCAGUCUAUUAUCUGCAUCGAACCCGCUGCGCUCGAGCCCAACAUGUCUGCCGAACAACUCGAGGACGCUCUCAUUCUGUCGCCAGAUGCCGAGCAACUCAUGUUCUACAACCGCCACAAGUACGAUAUCGUUGUUUACUACGAUCACGACAUCUCAUCCGAGAGUUUUAUCCAUCGUCCGGCGUCAGAAAGAGAAAGAUACCUGAAGUACUUGUACGACGCACUCUACGAGUUCAACUCGGAAAAGCCUCUACAACGACCCCCAAUCUUGUUGAUGGGUGGUAUCGAAGGCUGGGCAGACUUGGUUGGUGACCAAGCACUGAAAAGAACAAAUACUGUCGCACAGCAAAAGUCUGGCCGUCCAAUCAGACGGGUGCCCGUGGCUAGCAAAGAGUCGAGGUUGUAUGUCCCCAAAAAGCGACUACGAGAUUACAACCCGCUCGAUGCCGAAGAAGAGAGGAAAUGGCAUGAGAGAGCUCGUGUUGAGAGCGUGGUUGUUGAACGAAAACCUUCACUUGACGAGGGAGACGAGCCGUGGCAGUCUGAGAAUGGCACACCAUCGUAUCAGGCUAUUGAGGAGUUUAAUCGUAGAUUCCCAGAAGCCGGCACUCUCGAGCAACGAUACGGAGUCCAACAACAUCCCGCAUCGUUACUACCAGCACGACCGCAGCAAGCACCAUCAUACCCGACACCUCCUCCAAAAUCCGCCAUGCCUUCGAUACCGUCAAGGCCAGUUCCUGCCGCAGCUCGUGUGUCGUAUAGCGGUGUUAGUGAUCACCGUGCUGUAUCAGCUCAAAGCACCGGCUCCACAUCCACGGACCUCGCACCAUACGUGCCUCCGAAGUACCUUCCAUCCAAUCUACGACUACCACGAACCGGUCUCGUCAACUUUGGCGUUACCUGUUACAUGAACGCAACGAUCCAAGCUCUUUCAGCGACUACCCCUCUAACACUAUUUUUCCUGGACGACAGAUUCAAGACGUUGGUGCAGCGAGACAACUGGAAGGGCAGCAAGGGUGUGUUACCUGAGCUGUACGCAAACUUGAUCAGAAGCAUCUGGAAAGGAGAUGUCGAGGCAAUCCGCCCAAGCACAUUACGUUCGUUCUGUGCUCGUCUCAACAGCGAGUGGGGCAUUGAUCGUCAACAAGAUGCAAAAGAGUUCUUCGAUUUCUUGGUAGAUUGUCUACAUGAAGAUCUGAACAAGAACUGGGCAAAGACACCACUCAAGGCACUGACAGCAGAUCAAGAAGCCACACGCGAAAAGAUGCCCAAGCCGAUAGUUUGUCGGACCGAAUGGGGCAGAUAUACGCAUCGCGAGCAAUCUUAUCUCACACAACUCUUUGGCGGUCAACACGCCUCUCGCCUACGAUGCACGACCUGUCAUUUCACGUCCACCACUUAUGAAGCAUUCUACAGCAUCUCGGUUGAGAUUCCACGUUCUGGUUCUGCCAGUAUCCAAGAUUGCCUGAGGUCAUACUGCGCAGAAGAAAGACUAUCUGGUGAUGAAGUCUGGAAAUGCCCACGCUGCAACCGCGAACGCGAAGCCACAAAGGAGAUUACAAUCACCCGCGCACCCCAGUUCCUCGUCGUCCACUUCAAACGAUUCAGCGCCGGCAGAGGCGAAUCUGCCCGCAAGGUCCGUACACCGAUUGGCUUUCCCCUCAAGAAUCUGGACAUGUCGCCAUACAUGCUGCCCUCGCCGUCCGAAAAAGAUGCUCAUCUCAUUGCAAAACAAUAUGGUGCCGAUGCCAUGAAGCCUGAUCCGACGAUGCAGCCACCAUAUCUUUAUGAUGCGUAUGCCGUCAUGAGACAUAUUGGUACCACGUUGACGUCUGGUCAUUAUACAUGUCUUGCCAAGGAUCGACCCAGAGGUUGUUGGAGACAAUUCAAUGAUACGUGGGUUGGUGACUUUGAUCCUGAGAGGCUGAGUGAGAGGGAUCGCUUGCAGAAUGAGAUGGCAUACAUAGUGUUUUACGAGCGAAAGGUGACGAGUUAA